GAAAUGGCGCAAAUUACGACGGCAAAAGGUAAACGGAAUGGUUCAGGGAAAAGAAGACAGUACCGCUGAGCAGCUACCAAAGUGGCUUGAUCAGCAGAAGUUCGUCGAGUUUAUAGAUCGUGAUUUUCCGAGCCUCAAGAGAAUUAAAUCAUACCGUCUUGAACCCACAGCGGGAAAGGGUGAAAACUACACAACGUUGCUGUUGAGGGCCAAUUUUGAAUUGGAACUAGAUGAUGGCUCCCUUCAGAGUGUAUCGUAUAUGGCUAAAAUAUUGCCAAAUUCUGGAAACCGCGAUAACGUCGCCAGUUGGAAAGUAUUCGACAAGGAGCGCAAGACCUACGGAGAGUACAUUCCCGAGUUUGAGCAGAUGUACAGAGAUGCCGGAAAGGAGGUUACUUUUGGACCACGUUACUAUGAGGCAAAGAGUCAACCGGAAGAGGAACUGAUCGUCUUGGAGGAUCUGGGCAAGCGGGGAUUCAAGAAUGUGGAUCGUCAAAACGGAUUGGAUAUCCAGCAUACAGAGGCCACUUUGAAGAAGUUGGCGCAGUUUCAUGCCGCCUCCGCUGUGCGUUUUGAACUCAAGGGAGCCUAUCCCGCUGAAUACAAUCGUAACCUGUGCAGUGAAGAAGACAGUUUUAAGGACUUUCGCGAAACCCAAACGAAGUCCUAUGUCGAAUCCUUUGCGCUCUACGAUGCCACUCAUUUGGCCAAAGCUGUGGAAACCUAUGGCAGCCAAGCGCAGGACAUGUUCCAGGCCUAUGCUCCUGAAAUCGAAGGAGAGUUCCGUGUUCUGAAUCACGGAGAUGCCUGGUGCAAUAACUUCAUGUACAAGCACGAUGAGGCGGGAAACCUGCUGGAAACUUACUUUGUGGAUCUGCAGAUGAGUCGGUUUUCAUCGCCAGCCCAAGAUUUACUUUACUUUAUCCUCUCGUCCACCCAUUUGGACAUAAAAAUAGCCAAAUUUGAUUACUUGUUGAAGUACUACAAUGAAAAGCUAACGGAGAACCUUAAGCUAUUGAAGUACCCAAAAGCACUGCCUUCUCUCAGGAGUCUACACCAAUCGAUUUUUGCCCACGGUGACUGGAUUUUGCCUAUUAUAUCCCUUUUGCUGCCCAUUGUUCUGGUCGAUGGCAGUGAUGAUGCUAAUAUGGAUAGUCUGAUGGACAGCGAAGGAGCUGGAGCUGGUGAGAAGUUCCGGAACAACCUGUUCAAGAACCCCCGCAUGAUUAAAAACCAAAAAGAAAUUCUUCCCUGGGCCUAUCGACGUGGCGCCUUUGAAGUUACCAAAUAAAUGUUAGAAACUGUUGAUAUUAUAUUUGUAAGUAAAUAAAGAAAAGAUUGUUUAACAAAUUGCACUAUCA